AUGGCCACCCAGCUCCCGCCCCCCAAGAGGCAGAAGUCCAACUAUUCCAAGUCCCUUCUGCCGCCAGUUGCUCCUGCUCCCGCAGAGCCCAUUCCUUCCGUCGUCGUCCAGUUCAAGAAUGCCGAGACCGGCGCCAACCUCGGUCCUGCCGUCAACCUCCCUGCAGACACUGGCCGCGAUGCCCUCCAGAUGCUCGUGAACAAGCUCAAGGGCGAGGAUGAGGACCCCAUGCCGUACGCGUUCCACCUCGUGCCCAAGGGCGAGGCCGUGUCUGGCCGCGUUGCGAUCCACGACUCGAUCCAGGCCGACGCUCUCCGUCCUGCUGCCUCGUCGUCGACUGCCCCUUCCUUUUCCCCCGAAGACGUCUUUGAGCUGUGGUGCGAGCCGCAGGCCGUCUUCCGUGUCCGCGGCGUCGGUCGCUGCUCCGCCACUCUGGCGGGCCACGCCUCGCCCAUCCUCUGCUGUGCCCAGUCCCCGACGGGUCGUUAUGCCGCCACGGGAUCUGGUGACGCGACCGCACGUAUCUGGGACAUGGAGUCUGAGACCCCCAAGCACACCUUGACGGGCCACAGGGGCUGGGUUCUGUGUGUCGAGUGGGACGCACGCGAAAAGCUCCUGGCUACCGGUGGCCACGACGGCCAGAUCCGUCUGUGGGACCCCAAGACGGGCCAGCAGGCUGGCCAGCAGCUUUUGGGCCACACCAAGUGGAUCACGUCGCUGGCAUUUGAGCCCCUCCACCUUGCCAAGAAGGGCCAGUCGCAGCGCCUGGCCUCGGCGUCCAAGGACGGCACCAUCCGCGUGUGGAACACCCAGACCCGCAAGAUUGAGUUUGUGCUCUCUGGCCACUCGGCCAGCAUCAACGUUGUUCGUUGGGGAGGCGAGAAUGUGAUCUACACCGGAAGCUCGGACAGGACAGUCAAGGUCUGGAGCGGUGUUGACGGCAAGCUCAUCCGUACGCUCAACGAGCACGCCCACUGGGUCAACUCGAUGACGCUCUCGACCGACUUUGUCCUCCGCACCGGUCCCUUUGACCACCACGGCAAGAUGCCCGCCGACGACGAGGAGGCCAAGGCCCUCGCCCUCGCCCGCUACCGUGCCCACAUUGCCAACCAGUCCGAGACCAUGGUCACCGGCUCGGACGACCACACCUUGUUCCUGUGGCCCGACCAGGCCGCUUCCUCGUUCUCGUCGACUGCUACACCCAAGAAGCCCCUGGCCCGUUUGACAGGCCACCAGAAGCAGGUCAACCACGUCGCCUUCUCCCCCGACGGCCGUUUCGUCGCUUCGGCCGGCUUUGACAAUGCCGUCAAGCUCUGGGACGGCAAGACCGGCAAGUUUGUGGCUUCCCUCCGUGGCCACGUCGCUGCCGUCUACCGUCUCGCUUGGAGUGCCGACUCGCGCCUGCUCGUCAGCGCGAGCAAGGACUCGACUUUGAAACUCUGGAACCUCAAGACGUUCAAGAUCAAGACUGAUCUCCCGGGCCACACCGACGAGGUGUACUGCGUCGACUUUGUGGCCGACAAGGUCGUCUCGGGUGGACGCGACAAGACCGUCAAGAUCUGGCGCCACUAG